CGGUUUUAGGAAAAACGAAAAGUAGUAAAAAGUAGUAAAAUGUAUUUAAAAGUAGUUGAUUUAACACCUUAAUGCUGUUUGAAUGUUUAUACAGAUAUGUUAUUUCAGGACAGAGUUCAAAUGAGUAUGUCAGUUAACCUAGCUAACAUUAGCCUACAGGAUUAUGAUAAACUAAACCUAAUAUUUAAUAACUUUGUUCUGCUUGUUUUUAGCUGCAUCUCUAUUUCUAUCUUACUGAAAACAAUCCCAGUAAGUGUUCCUGCUGGUAAAGCUGGUUAGUAAACACAGGAUGGAGCUGCAGACUGGUGAGGAUGUGAAAGUGAAAGUAUGCAGACAGACAGACAGACUCCAUUUUCUUCCAUUUUUACUCCACACUUGGACAGAGCAGGAGGAAGAAAACAGGUGUUACUGGUUUAUCUCUCAGACUGGAGAAGAUGAGUGAGGAAGAGGACAAGUCUCCAGUCUCCAGCUGUCUGUCUCUGAAGAGUGACCGCUCUAAAGAUAUUAAUCCAUUCUUCAGUGAUGAACCUGGACCCUCAGACACAGAACGGAGAGCAGAGCCUCCAGUCCCCAGCUGUCUGUCUCUGAAGAGUGACCGCUCUAAAGAUAUUAAUCCACUCUUCAGUGAUGAACCUGGACCCUCAGACACAGAAGGGAAGAGGAAGAGUCCUGUUCCUGUGGAGGAGCAGCUGUCCCGCUGUGCUCUGUGUCAGGAUGUCCUGAAGGAUCCAGUCUCUACCAGCUGUGGACACUGGUUCUGCAGACAGUGCAUCACCUCAUACUGGGAGCAGCGACCUCCACCAGGAGACUCCUGCUGUCCCCUGUGUGGAGAGAGAUCCAGCUCUGUACAAACAGAUAGUCUGCAGGAGGCUUCAGAGGAACAUAGGACCAGUCUGAGGAGGAGAUGUGAACGUGUGACUGAAGGAACUGAUGGAAGUGAAACCCUCCUCAACAGGAUCUUCACUGAGCUGUACAUCACACAAGGACCGAGUGAAGAGGUUAAUACUCAACAUGAAGUGAGGCAGCUGGAGACGGCUUCCAAGAAGAAGCCCCUCCAUGACACUCCAAUCAAGUGCCAGGACAUCUUUAAAGCCUUACCUGACCAGCAGACACGCAUCAGAGCGGUCCUGACCAACGGCGUCGCUGGAGUUGGAAAAACCUUCUCAGUGCAGAAGUUCACUCUGGACUGGGCCGAGGGUUUGGAGAACCAAGAUGUCAGUCUGGUGAUCCCGCUCUCCUUCAGGGAGCUGAACCUGAUCAAAGAUGAGCAGUACAGUCUUCUCAGGCUGAUCCAUGUUUUCCAUCCAGCCUUACAGAAGGUCACAGCAGAGCAGCUGGUUGUCUGUAAAGUGCUGUUCAUCUUUGACGGCCUGGAUGAAAGCAGACUCUCUCUGGAGUUCAGAAACAGUGAGGUUGUGUCUGAUGUCUCACAGCAGUCCUCAGUCAACGUGCUGCUGACAAACCUCAUCAGGGGGAAGCUGCUUCCCUCGGCUCUCGUCUGGAUCACUUCCAGACCUGCAGCGGCCAAUCAGAUCCCUCCUGAGUGUGUGGACAGGGUGACAGAAGUACGAGGCUUCACUGACUCCCAGAAGGAGGAGUACUUCAGGAGGAGAUCCAGAGAUGAAGAACUGUCCAGCAGAAUCAUCUCUCACAUCAAGAGCUCCAGGAGCCUCCACAUCAUGUGUCUGAUCCCAGUCUUCUGCUGGAUCACUGCUGCAGUUCUGGACCACAUGUUGACUACAGACCAGAGAGGAGAGCUGCCCAACACCCUCACUGACAUGUACUCACACUUCCUGCUGGUCCAGACAAAGAGGAAGAAGCAGAAGUACCAUGAGGGACAUGAGACGAGCCCACAGCAGCAGACGGAGGCUGACAGGGAGGUUCUUCUGAAGCUGGGGAGGCUGGCGUUUGAACAUCUGGAGACAGGAGACAUCAUGUUCUACCAAGAAGACCUGCAGCGCUGUGGUCUUGAUGUCACAGAGGCCUUGGUGCACUCAGGAGUCUGUACAGAGAUCUUCAAAAGAGAGAGUGUGAUCUUCCAGAAAACAGUCUACUGCUUUGUUCAUCUGAGCGUCCAGGAGUUUCUGGCUGCAGUCUACAUGCUGCACUGCUACACCAACAGAGACACAGCGGUACUGAAGGACUUCCUGCAGGGAGACUAUAACAGCAGGUAUAGCAGGGAUCAGGAUUACCCAUUCCUGGAUGUCUUCCUAAAGAGCGCCAUGGAGAAAUCCCUCAGAAGUAAAAAUGGCCACCUGGACCUGUUUGUCCGCUUUCUCCACGGCCUCUCUCUGGAAUCCAACCAGAGACUCUUAGGAAGCCUGCUGGGUCUCACAGACAACCGUCCAGAAGUCCUCCAGAGAGCCAUCAGCAAGCUGAAGGAGUUGAGAAGUUCUAGAAUCUCUCCUGACAGGAGCAUCAACAUCUUCCACUGUCUGACAGAGAUGAAGGACCACUCAGUACAUCAAGAGAUCACAGAGUUCCUGAAGUCAGGGAACAGAUCAGAGAGACUCUCUGAGAUCCACUGCUCAGCUCUGGCCAACAUGCUGCAGAUGUCAGAGGAGGUUCUGGAUGAGUUGGACCUGAAAAAGUACAACACAUCAGUGGAGGGACAGCGGAGACUGAUUCCAGCUGUGAGGAACUGCAGGAAGGCAGAGCUUUUUAACUGUGGACUCUCAAAGACUCACUGUGAGGUUGUGGUCUCAGCUCUGAAGUCUGACCCCUCCCACCUGAGACAUCUGGACCUGAGUCUCAACAAUCUGAUGGAUUCAGGAGUGGAGCUGCUGAGUUCUGGACUAAAGAGUCCACACUGCAGACUGGAGACUCUCAAACUGAGGUUCUGCGGGUUGUCCGAUAUCAGCUGUGCUGCUCUGGCCUCAGCUCUGAAGUCCAACCCCUCCCAUCUGAGAGAGCUGGACCUGAGUCUCAACAUUCUGCAGGAUUCAGGAGUGGAGCAGCUGAGAGAUCUUCUGGAGAGUCCUCUCUGCAGACUGGAGACUCUCAGACUGGAGGACUGCAGUCUGACAGAGGUCAGCUGUGAUGCUCUGGUCUCAGCUCUGAAGUCCAACCGCUCCCAUCUGAGAGAUCUGGACCUGCGUUACAACGAUCUGAAGGAUUCAGGAGUGAAGCUGCUGAGAGAUCUUCUGGAGAGUCCACUCUGCAGACUGCAGACUCUCAGGUCAGUAAGGGGUCGAGUCUCUGCUGGUUCAGCAGUAUUGUAUUAAACACAGGAUCAGUGAUGUUACCACUGACUGCAGGUUCUGUCUUUCUUUAUUAUUCCAAAAACGAUAUACUGUAAUCAAAGCCACCUUUAGUGAGUAACUCUCUAACAGACGAGAGGAAAGGUACUCUGUUGUUUUUCUGUCAUGUUUUUGUUUCUAGAUUACUGAGCAGUUAUUUCCUCUGAUGCAGCUGAGAGCUGUCAGUCGUAGUGUUAGCAGAGAAGAGAUGAAGGGAUGUAAAGCCUUAGAUCAGUCAGGACUCUGAAGCUGACUCAAAGAACACUUACUUU